AAUGAGAAUAGCUCGUCCAAUAACAAAUUCAUAAAUGCACUAGUGCGGUGCUGUACUGCAGUUGGUUGGGUUUGUUGAUUCUAUGAUUGGAUUCUACGGAAUCGUUGAAAAGGAAAGAAAGCAGAAAAAGAAAACAACAAACGAUUCAGCAUAAUUUAACACCAUGAAGUAUCUGCUGCUACUGUUGGCCCUCGGUCUAGUCGGGGCCCAGCAGCAUCCGUUGUCGCAGGCAUUCAUCGAUGAAAUCAAUGCCAAAGCAGUGACCUGGCGGGCCGGGGCAAAUUUCGCUCCGCAAACCUCGAUGGCCUACAUUCGCGGGCUGAUGGGAGUACACAAGGAUGCGGACAAGUUCAAGCCGCCAUUGAUGCUGCACGAACUGGAGGACGAUGAUGAUUUACCGGAGAAUUUCGAUUCCCGUGAGCAGUGGCCAAAUUGUCCUACGAUUCGAGAAAUCCGUGAUCAGGGUUCGUGCGGUUCCUGUUGGGCUUUUGGGGCCGUGGAGGCCAUGUCCGAUCGAUACUGCAUUCAUUCGGGUGGAAACGUGCACUUCCGAGUUUCAGCAGAGGAUCUAGUUUCGUGCUGUCACACGUGCGGAUUCGGUUGCAAUGGUGGAUUCCCGGGUGCAGCUUGGAGUUAUUGGGUCAGAAAGGGACUGGUCAGUGGUGGCCCGUACGGGUCGGAUCAAGGCUGUCAACCGUACGUGAUUGCUCCCUGUGAGCACCAUGUCAAUGGCUCGAGACCGGCUUGCAAUGGGGAAGAAGGCAAGACCCCCAAGUGUGAAAAGAAAUGCCAGGCUAGCUACAACGUGCCGUAUGCUAAAGAUAAACACUUCGGAAAGUCGUCCUAUUCGAUCGCCAGACACGAACAGCAGAUCCAGAAGGAGAUUAUGACGAAUGGACCGGUGGAAGGUGCCUUCACGGUGUAUGAAGACUUGCUGCAGUACAAAGAGGGCGUCUACCAGCACGUCACUGGAAAGAUGCUCGGUGGUCAUGCGAUCCGCAUACUGGGUUGGGGUGUCGAAAACGAUACCAAGUAUUGGCUGAUUGCCAACUCGUGGAACAGCGACUGGGGUGACAAUGGAUUCUUUAAGAUUUUGCGCGGCGUUGACCAUCUCGGUAUCGAAAGCUCCAUUGCUGCCGGUUUGCCAAAGGUUCAGAAUAUAGUGUGAUGAUACUCGACUGCUCGACGAGUUAGAAUCGUUCCCAGUAUGCCAGUAGGGUGUUCGAUUUUGCUUGUUAAUGUAAGAAAUUUAGUCGACUGAAUAAAGACUUGAAUAUUAGGAAAAA